AUGAUUGUGAUUUCAUACAAUGUUAGAGGCUUGGGGAGUUUUGUUAAACAGAAAGAUUGUGGUGAUCUCAUUAGGGUGGAGAAAGCAGAUUUGUGUUUUAUACAGGAGACUAAACUUGAAUCUCUUUCUGUUUCUAUUUGUUCUAAUUGGUGGGGUGUUGAUAAUUGCGAUUGGGCUGUUAGAAAUUCGGAAGGUAGAUCAGGCGGCAUCCUGUGCGUUUGGAAUAAAGAUUUGUUCUCGGUCUCUAGUAAGUGGGAUUUCCCAGGAGCAGUGAUCAUUAUUGGGGUUUGGAAACCGAAUAACUUGAGAUGCUGUUUCGUGAAUGUUUAUGCGCCUUCAGACUCCCCGGCAAAGAACGUUCUUUGGGAGCGACUCCGAUCAGUUAUUGAGCAAAACAAGGACCUCUGCCUGUGUAUGGUGGGUGAUUUCAACGCUAUAAGGGAACCAGGGGAGCGAGUAGGGAUGGGGGAGUCACAUGGGAUCUCCGAGAUGAAAAAGUUCGACACUUUCAUUCGCGAAUGCGAAGUGAUCGAAAUCAGAACACUUGGAAGGCUGUUCACGUGGUAUCAACCAAAUGGGAGAUGCAAAAGUAAGCUUGACAGAUUUCUCGUCAACGAAAAUUGGAUUUCAGCAUGGCCUUCCACGUGUGGGCGAGUUCUGCAGAGAUCCCUUUCCGAUCACUGCCCAAUUCUCCUUUCCACAAAGUCGGUUGACUGGGGACCGAAGCCAUUUCGGUUCUUAAACGCCUGGACCUCCCACCCCGAUUUUUUACAAGUUGUUAAGAAAGUUUGGAAGGAGACCAAGGUGGUGGGAUGGAGCUGUUUUGUCUUUAAGGAUAAACUCAAAAGGUUGAAACAAACUUUGAAAGAGUGGAACCAGAGUUCUUUCGGGAAUAUUGACCACAUCAUCCGCUCUUUGAAGGAUGAACUCCUUCAAUGGGAUUCCAUUGACGAUACUUUCGGACUUGAGGAAGCGGAAGUGAUCAGAAGAAAUGAAGUGAAAGCUCUUAUCACUCUUCAAACUAGAAACAAGAUCAGUGUGUUACAACAGAAAGCUGGAGCGAGGUGGUUGAGGGAAGGAGAUCUAAAUUCCAGUUUCUACCACAGAUUUAUUGUCGGCAGAAGAAAGAAAAAUGAGAUCCCCGGGUUGCAGCUCGAUAACCGCUGGAUUGCCGAGCCGGCGGAGGUCAAGAUGAGAGUCAAAGAGCAUUUUCAGAAUCUAUUCAAGAGAAGAAAAAGAGUGCUGCCAAGUUUACCAGCUGACUUUGUGGCCAGAAAGCUGACGACGGAGGACAAGGAAUGGCUUAUCCGACCGUUCCAGGAAGAGGAAUUAAAGGAGGCCAUCUGGCUUUGCGAUGGAAGCAAGAGUCCGGGGCCGGAUGGGUUCAAUCUUAACUUUUGGAAAACUUCAUGGGAGAUUAUCAAGGAUGACUUGAUUCAGGUGAUGAAGGACUUUCAUAAAAACGGAAAAAUUCCAAGAGGGUGCAACUCCUCUUUCAUAGUCCUCAUCCCCAAGAAAGAGGAGGCGAGUUCAAUCGAUGAGUUCAGACCAAUUCUCUCAUUAGUAGUCUCUAUAAAGUCAUUGCAAAGGUCCUUACGGGUAGGAUGCAAAAGGUGA